AUGAGGCGCGCCGUGUCGAAAUUCAUGCCUGCCAAGUUCGGCAGGUCUCUGCCUGACGCACUGCACGGCACGUACCGCUUAGACCACGGCUCGGUGGAUGAGUUCUACAUUUCCUUGGCAGACCCCCACCGCAUGUGGCUGCCCGGCGACGAGAUUUCCGGCCAGGUGAUUCUUCGCAGCCGCAAGAACCUUGCCAACAUCGCCAUCUCCUUUAAUUUGGCGGGAUACGUCAAAAUUCACGCGCUGCUGCAUUCGAAGUUGCGUCCGAUGAAAACGGUGUUAUUUUCGCACACCAUACAGAUUUACGGCCCGGGCACCAGCAGCUCGCUGGACCAGGAUUUUGCCAGCGGCCUAUAUAAGGGCGAGCACCGCUUCCCCUUCAUCGUGAAGCUCCCGAACAAGCGUGUGUUUACCAGCAUCGACUUCGGCAAGGGCGCCAUCGUCUAUGUGCUUCUGACGCAUCUCUCGGACGCAGCGUCGCGUGUAAGCACCGCCUCGUUUCCGGCCGCAUCCCCAGAUGCGUCCUCCUCCUCUGCGUCUGUCUCUUCUGCGUCUCUACACCACCCGUCCUUCACGUACGAGAAAAUCAUCAACUUGGUCAAUCCAGUUGACGUGGCAUACCUUCCGCCGCCCAAGCGCAAGCGCCUCAUCAUCAAAAACACCCCCAAGGGCAAGCUCCUGCGCGUGCAGCUGUCUAGCUCCACCAUCAACACGGUUGCUACACUCUCAUCCGCCACUUCCGAUGCAGACACACACACGAGCCUGCCGCAAAAUCCUCCUUCGCCUGCCAACCUGUCAGCAAUGUCGCAGCUAAGACCACCGGCCCCAGAUACAAUCCGCGUGUUCAUGGACGUGGCGCAACGCGGCUACUUGCGCGGCGAGCUCAUUCCAAUCAAGCUCACCAUCCACCACCUCCGCAAAAUCCAGGAUUCGACGGGAAUCAUCGUAACGCUCGUGCGCGUAUGCAGGAUCGACUACGGGCCCGACAGCUACUACGAGUCCUUCAGGAAGGACUUGCAGCAGCUGGUGAUCCCGCUUUUCGUGGACCCGGCGACAUUCCUGCUGGAAAUCAGCACCAGCGUGCGUGUGCCGCCCGAUGCGUUUCCAACCAUCUCGGGCUGUCCGCUCGUAAGCUUCCAGUACUUCAUCGAAGUCAUGCUCAAUCUUUCUGGAAAGUCGAUGAGUUUGUCUACUCCCGUAGAACAGCCUAAAUCCAGCAUCGCGGCGCAGGACGACGCGGCUGCGGGGCUUUCUCCAGGCCACACGCCCAACUAUAACUUUCUGUCGCUUGCGCACUCGCGCUCAGAAUUCAUAAAUACGGACAAGUUCAAGCGGCUGAAAAAGUUCUUGCAGAUGACUACCGAGGUGGUCAUUGGCACGCACCGCCUGGCAAAGGAAACUGUGGAGGAUAACCCGCUGUGCUUGCAUGCGCAGGACCCCGCGCCAGUGGCAUUGGGGAGCUCACAGUCGCAGUCACAGUCGCAGUCACAGUCCCCGUUAGGUAUGUCAAUGACCUCGGCGAUCAAUACGGUGCCUGAACUAACUCCCAUGGAGAACUUCGAUAGCCCGCCAUACUUAUACGAGUCUGCGCGUACACGAGACGACGCCGCGGGCGGCAGCUCCCAGCAGCCAACAUUACCUGUUUUGUCGGAGAAGGAGCAAAUGCGCCAGCAUGAGGCCAGUCUUCUUCCCUCGGCCCCUCCCAUGGAUGAUUCUGAUACAAGUGAUUCAGAA